UUUUUAGCCACAGCCAGCGUCUCAGUUCCGCAAUGUAAAGCGGUAUCUGUCUCAGAAUGUGAGCAGGAUGUGUCAUUACUGGCGUUAUGGAUCUAAAAAGCGAGCUGCUGAAGUCUAUCUGGUACGCGUUUACGUCUCUGGAUGUAGAGCAGAGCGGAAAAGUGUCCAAGUCGCAACUAAAGGUUCUCUCACACAAUCUUUAUACGGCGCUGAAUAUUCCUCACGAUCCUGUGGCGUUAGAGGAGCACUUUAAGGACAAUAACAAUGGGCCAGUGUCAAACCAGGGCUACAUGCCCUACCUCAACCAAUACAUCCUGGCGAAGGCCACAGAAGGGACUUUCAAUAAGGAAAUCUUUGAUGAGCUGUGCUGGACGAUGACAUCAAAGAAGAACUGCAAACCCAGCAUUCAACAGGGCCUGUGUUCACAAAAGGACUGCUUCAAGCUCUUCUGUCUGUUCAACCUGCUUUCUGAAGACCGUUACCCAUUAGUCAUCAUUCAGCCGGAGUUAGAGUACCUGCUGAAGAAAAUCUCCAGUGCAAUGAGCCUGGAUUGGGAUGGGACAGUAUUGGAUGAACUUUUGUCCCAGGAUGCUGCUCUUCAGGACGGCAUGUCAGUGUGGGAGUUCCUGGAGCAUUUGAGUGCUGGCCAGCUUUUGCGUGCCGAGAGCAAGGAGGCCUUCAGUCUCGCUUUGGAUGAUGUUUUCAUGGAGAUGUACCACAACAUCAUCAAGAAGGGCUACCUGUUAAAGAAAGGGCACGUUCGCAGGAACUGGCAGGAGCGCUGGUUUAUUUUGAAGCCCAGUAGCCUGACAUACUAUGUCAACGAGGACCUAAAGGAAAAGAAAGGAGAGAUCCUUCUGGAGGAGAGCAGUGUGGUGGAGAAUCUCCCUGAUAAAGAAGGACGACGCUGCCUGUUCUGUGUGAAGACUGCCGUCAGGACCUACGAGAUGAGUGCCUCAAAUAUGAAACAAAGAGUAGACUGGGUACAAGCCGUGCAGACAGCGUUGAGGUUAAGAGCAGAGGGGAAGAACUCCCUCCAUCAGGAGCUGAAAUUGAGCAGGCGCAAGCAGAGAGAAACCCUUCAGAGAAGCCAAAGCAACCAGAGCAGCCAGAAUGAACCCAGUGCAGUUGAGGCGCUGCAGCAAUCUUCUCCAGAGCAGCAGGGGGAGACGGAGAACUUGGAGCAACACAUCGAAAGCAUAAUUCAAAAACAGAGAGAGGUGGAAGCAAAGCGUAAAGAAGAAGAGAAGCAGGAGCGAGAGAAACAGCAAGCAAUACAGAGAGAUCUGGAGAAACAGCUUGAAGAAGCUAAAGAGGCCAAUGAGAAGUUGACAGCUACGUUGACUGAGAUGGAGAAAGAGGUACAGCAGCAGAAGAAGAGGAUCCAUGAAUUAGACCUCACACAAGUUAAACUAGAAGAGGCGCUCAAUGCUCAGAUUCACGCUCGUUUGGAAGAAGACCAAAUCCGACACGAGCUGGAGAGGCAACUUGCGGAAGAGCAGAAGAAGCUUGCAGAGCUUCUCCUCCAUCAAAGUCAGCUGGAAACCCUUGUUUUGAGGAGUCAAGAGUACUCUACCACCGCAACACCUCCCAUCAGUCACCAAACAGAAGAGAGCAGUCAACACAUCACAGAGGAGGUACCUGUCCAUGAAUCGACUUCUGCUGCAACACCGCCCAACAUCCAGCAACCAGAGGAGAGCAGUCAAUACAUUACAGAGAGAGAACUGGUGAAUCAGUCUACUAACACUCAGAUGCUGAAGCACUGGAAAAUUCAGCUUAACCGCCUCAUGAAGCCUAUCACACCAGGAGACAAAGUUGAGCAUUUGCCAGUAAAGCCCACCUGCCCCAGACAGGGCCAGGCCCUUACCAGCAGAGAGUUCAUUACUAAGGUUCAAACAGGCAUCUCUCCAGAAAAAGGAAAUGGUUACAGUCCAUCACCAACACCAGAAGAGGAAGAACAGAGUUCCUAAAUCCAUGCCCUAAAUAUACAAUAGAGCAAACACAUUUUGUACAGCUGGUUUGCCCUGUGUGUUUUAAUGUGAAGCUGCAGGUCAAAGUCUUAUAUUAUUAUUUGUGUACAUAGUAAUCAGCUUUUUAUUGUUUAAUAUUCACACAAUGAUUAGUAUACAUAGAUUACAAGGCGUUGAACUUAUUGUUGGCAGUAGUCAAGCAGAUGCAUUAACUCUUUAAAACAAUGGUUCUCAAUUUCAAGUUUCUCAUUUGACAGAAAAUAUUGGAAGACUCCUCAAGAUAUUUCUGGUGCUUCUGCUUAAAUGAAAAGUGUGUUUACAGAAACUAGGAGUGGCAAUAUAUUAAUAUUAUUAAGAGUUUUAAUAUCAGAUUUACUAUCUCAGUGUUCAUCAGCAUUUACAUUACAAAUAAUGUUACGGGACUUUUGUGGUCAUUUGUAAUUACUUAAUUGUAAAUGUUUUGUUUGUUUUUUUUUUUUACAUACUAAUAGCAUUAUCUCUAGCAAUUUUUACCCAAUAAAAUAUUUUAAGCAUGACAUAACCAAGGGAACAGAUUAAA